CGGUGGGUUGCUAUGGUGACGAGUCUGUGGGCUGCUGUAACUGUGUGAGACCGAGCGGUUCUGCGGCAGCUCCCGUUGUGCGGAUAUCAUGAUGCUUUCAAGAGCCAAACCUGCCGUAGGCAGUGAUCUACAGCAGGUGGGGAAGCGCAAGCAGAAAGGGAAGAAAGUUCCCAAACUAGAUGAGCUGUUGGCGUCUCGUGACUUCACAGGUGCGCUGACCCUGCUAGAGUUUAAACGCCAGGUUGGGGAAAGUGAAGAGGACACAGACCUGUGGAUUGGAUACUGUUCCUUUCAUCUGGGAGAUUACAAAAGGUCUUUAGAGGUGUUCAGGUCCCUGAGCCAACAAGACGGCUGUAACCCUGAUGUGUGGGUGGAUCUGGCGUGUACGUACUUCUUUCUUGGAAUGUAUAAGGAAUCUGAUGAGGCAGCUAAUAAAGCCCCCAAGAGUCGCCUACAGAAUCGCUUACUUUUCCAUUUGGCUCACAAGUUUAAUGACGAGAAGAGGCUGAUGGUCUUUCACCAGAACCUGCAGGACAUUAUUGAGGACCAGCUGAGCCUGGCCUCUAUUCACUACAUGAGAUCUCACUACCAGGAAGCUAUCGAUAUCUACAAGCGGAUACUUCUGGAAAACAGAGAAUUCCUGGCUCUCAAUGUCUAUGUGGCACUUUGCUACUAUAAGCUGGAUUACUACGAUGUGUCCCAGGAAGUCCUUGCUGUCUACCUACAGCAAGUUCCUGAUAGCACCAUAGCACUGAAUCUCAAGGCCUGCAACCACUUCCGUCUGUACAACGGGAAAGCGGCUGAGGCAGAGCUGAAGAGUUUGAUGGACAGCUCCUCUUCAGCACUUGAAUUUGCCAAGGAGCUCAUCAGGCAUAAUUUGGUGGUUUUCCGAGCUGGUGAGGGGUCCUUGCAGGUGCUGCCCCCUUUAGUAGAUGUUAUUCCUGAAGCUCGACUGAAUCUGGUGAUUUAUUAUCUUCGUCAAGAUGAUGUACAAGAAGCCUUCAACCUCAUUAAAGACCUUGAACCAUCUACCCCACAGGAAUAUAUCCUGAAGGGGGUGGUGAAUGCGGCACUGGGGCAGGAAAUAGGCUCAAGAGAUCAUCUAAAGAUUGCUCAGCAGUUUUUUCAGCUAGUGGGAGGAUCGGCCAGUGAGUGCGACACCAUCCCUGGGCGGCAGUGCAUGGCUUCCUGCUUCUUCCUCUUGCGUCAGUUUGAGGACGUCCUGAUCUACCUGAACUCCAUCAAGAGCUACUUCUACAAUGACGACACGUUUAAUUUUAACUACGCUCAGUCCAAAGCUGCAACUGGAAACUACAAGGAGGCUGAAGAGGUUUUCCAUCUCAUCCAGAACGAGAAGAUUAAGAGCGACUAUGUGUACCUGAGCUGGCUUGCCCGUUGCUACAUCAUGAACAAGAAGCCGAGGCUGGCCUGGGAGCUGUACCUGAAGAUGGAGACAUCGGCCGAGUCAUUCAGUCUCCUACAGCUGAUCGCUAAUGAUUGUUACAAGAUGGGGCAGUUCUAUUACUCUGCUAAAGCCUUUGAUACCCUGGAGAGGUUGGAUCCCAGCCCCGAGUACUGGGAAGGGAAGAGAGGAGCUUGUGUGGGCGUAUUCCAGAUGAUAUUAGCAGGACGAGAGCCCAAGGAGACACUGCGGGAGGUGUUACACUUGCUGAGAAGCACAGGGAGCGCACAGGUUGAAUACAUUAUCCGGAUCAUGAAGAAAUGGGCCAAGGAGAACAGAGUGCCGGUCUAACACAGCCACAAGUGAUCAAGUGCUGCACGGACUGGAGUAACCAAUGACAUGUUUUUAUAUGGAUUCAAUUUAAUGUGAAAGGAGACGACGCACUGUAUCGCUUGUUAAUUAUAAAUAAUGUGCUAUAGCAGAUGAUGUACAACGCGAUCUGUUAAGUUGCCACGUGUUUCUGCAUAUAAGAUGCACCUGUCUAUAAGAUUACAGAGCCCUUUUAUAUUUAACAUUAAACAGCUGGGUACGUUUACAGUAGCGGUUACUACUCACCAUGGUAUUGUUCUUCUUAUUUAAACCCAUUACAGAAGCUCUGUAGCUUUAUACUGGGAGCAGCCAUCUUGGUAUGAAUCCUGUGACGGAAGCAGUGUGCUUUCUCAGAUUAGUGACAUUACUGGCACUGAAUUAGCUUGCGCAUAAGAAAGCAGAGGAGUUGGUUUGCAAUUUUUCUUUCAUACAGGUGGUGAGAUAAAUUAAUUUCUUUCAUGGUGGUGAGAGUCCACCAGACCCCCCGCCCUCUGUGUUUUUUUGGUGUUGAUUAUUUCUUAUGCACAUCUUUCUCCCUGCUUCUAUUUUUUUUUUGCUCUUGAUUAUUUUCCUAUAUUUUUGGCUUGGCUAUAAGUCAGACCAGUGAGGAGUUUUGUAGAGUUUUUGGAAUCUUUGCCUCCUCCUAGUGGUAGGGAAAAGUAAUGGAUGGUGGACUCUCACCACCAUGAAAGAAAUGAAUUCAUCAGGUAAAAUAAAUAAUAUAAAGCAGUGCAGCUAAACUGAUAUACAUGAUUCGGGCUCGUCAGUAUGAUCUGUGGCUGUGCACCACUUCUGUUACACGGGACAAGAUGGCGCCCCCAGUGUGAAGAUGCAGAACUUACUAACCACUAACCAGCACUUUUAAAGGGUUAAAAUAAAAGCAGCUGCAGGCACUAUCGGUACUGUAGUUGUUCUCAGCAGUUCCGUCUGUAUAUACAGAGUACAUCUCAUACAUUUUAUAUAUUUAUAACCCAGGUUCUAGACUGUUUGUUAUUUAACAAGAGGACACAAAUCACUGUUAGAAUAAAACCUAACUCAUUAUUGUGUAUUAAAGACUAAUUCAAAUGUUUUUAUAAGAAGAAUACGUUGUCUAUAAAGCUGCAUUAUUGCUGUGCUGAAUGACAUGAAACCAUCAGUCUCAUCCAUAGGAUUAGUUUUUACUUAAUGUCUUUAGAAGACCAUUGCACAGUGACUUUACAAAGCUCAGAAGAGACACACAACACCAGAAUGUGUGUUUAAAAAGAUAGAUAAUCCCUUUAUUACCCAUUCCCCAGUUUUGCAUAACCAACAGUUAUAAUAAUAUAUAUUUUACCUCUGUGAUCACCUUCUAUCUAAGCCUCUGCACACUGCCACCUUAUUUCAGUUCAUUUGACAGACUUGCAUUUUAGCCAAUAACUGUUGACUCCCAGGUAACUUCACGUGCGUGAGAUCAAUGCUGUCUAUAUUAAACACAUGAACUAACACCAUCUAGUGGUGAAAAACUGUCAAACUGCAUUCAGAUUAGAGGCAGCCUUCAAGGUCUAAGAAAUAAGCAUAUGAACCUACUAGGUUUAGCUUUCAACUAAGAAUACCAAGAGAACAAAGCAAAAUUGAUGAUAAAAGUAAAUUGGAAAGUUUUUUUAAAAUUACAUGCCCUAUUUGAAUCAUUAAAGUUUUUUUUUACUUGACUGUCCCUUUAAUAAAACAUUUUGUUAGUCCUUUACAUUGUA